AUUGGUGGACGUCUCGGGUCGCCGCUGACCCGGCCGGCAGCUGCUGGGCGGCAGUUUUUCUUCCAACUCUCCAGCGCGCGGAAGUGCGUCGAGAGCCGUUCGCGUGCACCUUUUGGUGUUGUAUUUAUUCGUAUUUAUUUAUACAAGUAUUUAUUAUUUAACUAAGCAGUGAUGGGUUAUAGUGUGGUGAUCAGGAGGUGGCUGUGGUGUUGUGCGUUCGCCUGGAGUUUUUAUACAUCGUCUGCACUGGCAUGGUCGCUGGGCAAUGUUCUAAUGACUGGUAUUUCGGCGGGUGUGGAGUUUACCGAUAACAUGGCAGUCGGUCAGCGGUUGGCCCACACCCACUGUCAGAAACAGUUCUUCUGGCACCAAUGGAACUGUCCCACAGAGGAGUUCCUCAAAAGGAACCACCAGCCGGGCCCUGCCACCCGCGAGGCCGCCGUCGUAGACGCCCUAACUGCCGGAGCGAUAGCCUACUCGCUGACUCGGAACUGCUCCAGUGGCCAGAUCGCUGGCUGUACCUGUCAGACCAGACCGACCAGGAGGGCUGACGACUGGCAGUGGGGAGGCUGCAGCGACAAUGUGGAGUUUGGAGUGAGAAUGUCCCAGCAGUUCCUGGACCAUGUGCCGCUGAACAUGCCGCUGCACCGGGCUCUGCUGAGACUGCACAACAACCAGGCUGGACGAGAGUUGGUACGCCGUUCGACGCGCCGCCUCUGCAAGUGUCACGGUGUGAGCGGCUCCUGCAGCAUGGAAACAUGCUGGACCCAGAUCGCAGACUUCACCAUCACAGCCGAACGGGUGCGGAGACGCUACAGGAAGGCUAAACGGCUCACACUCGGCUCCGACGGUAACGACGUCUCUCCUACUGCCUCGGUCAGCUUUGAGGGUGUGCGGGUCACCGACCUGACGUACAUGGACGAUUCGCCAGACUUCUGCCGCACAGUGGCACCAAACGGCGACAUUGGCACGCGCGGGCGGGAGUGUUCGCGUGCCACCGGUCCGGGGGUUACCCACGCCGAACGACGCUCCUGUAAAAACCUCUGUCGACGCUGUGGCCGCAGAGUCAAACGCCAGGUUACAGAGGUCAAGACAUCGUGUAACUGCAAAUUCCACUGGUGUUGUCAGGUCACGUGCGACACGUGCACGCAAAAGUCGUACAAAUAUACGUGCCGGUAAUGGCACACGUGGUGGUGCACGUGGCGCACGUGUCAAACGUUGCACCAAUGGUUUUGGGUGUCAUCGCAACACUAAAAGACAACACAGGGGCAAGAUGUCUGGAGCCUGGCGGAUGAAUAUCUGGAGGAGUGUUGUCGGUGUCCAGUGGCGCCGCCAAGUGGCAGAUUGCGACAGUUCUAGUGUUGCAGUUGGUCGGCAGAUGGCAGUGCGGUGAAUCUAGUCUAUUUGGCGGCGAUUUUGAGUGUUUUGUGGCUAUGUUCGUCGACUCAGUUCUCCUGUGAGAAUUUUUGACAGCUUUUGAACAAUGAGGGUGAGAAAACUCAACCAACCGACCGACUAGGGGGGGGGGGCGGGAAGACAAUGCUUGAUCACGUGCCCUGUGACUCGCACAAUGUGACUGAGCACGUGACGACCUCACAGCCUGAAUACAUAUACGGGUCUACUUGUGCUUAGUAACUGACUGGAUAGGUUCUCGCGGGUCCUUGCUGAACGGGAUUUUCUAGACCUUUUUGGGUAGAUGCUGAGUCAUUUCGUGAUCAGGCUUUUCCGUCCAGUGAAUUCACUUGAUGUGAAUCGAUGAGCAUUGUCUUAUGUGUUUUAGCUAUGUGUAUUAUUCGUCUGGUUUUAUUUUCCCUUGGGCUACUUCGCCCUGUUGCCCUAUUUAUUGACUAAGUUAUUGGCGAGCUAACUAGGUGUAGCGUGUAAAGACACAAUAGUGAGGCAAAUGUCACGCAUCGAUGGCUCAGGGAUGGACAUAGAGACCUGUACAUUUUCAACAGUGACAAAUCGGCUUUUUGGACGUUAGUAAUGCGACAUUAAAACUGGACCAAGUAAUGAUCAACAUUCAAACAUUCAAACAAUAGUGACACAAUAUUUUUCUUGGUGUCAUCAAGCCCGGUAAGCCUUUUCAAACUGCUACUGUUCUGGAUAUGUGUUUGACCCUUACUGUUCUACUAUGCAGUAGUCACCGUGUGCCUGUAAUAUAAAUCAUGUGAUA